UGUAUUUGAUGUACAUCCAUGUAAUUUGUCUGUAACUAUAGUGUACGUCACCUCCGGCCAGGUGACAAUUUAGGAGAUGUUAGAACCGGGAAACAUGUUUACGGAGUGAAACGGAAAACAGAAAAUACCACUAAAUGCCUGGACUACUGUCGUUGGUAUUAAACAGGACGAGAAACACUACACAUUGCGACGAGUGUCUAAAUUAAAAGCAACGCUGCUGUGUGCUCAAGCGAGAAUACAUGCACGAAGUUUGAGCUCAUAUUCACGAGGGAGAAGAGGUUAGCCGAGCACCGUUCACAGCGUUAGCAUGACGCUAAAUUUACCAGCGAUAAGUCCUUUCGAUGUUCUGAGUGACUCGACUAGUGUUUGUGUUCGCUGGAAAAAGUGGAUAAAUAGUUUUAAAUUAUAUUUAGUCGCGACUGGAGUCAGCGAUGACACUCAAAGGAGAGCGUUAUUGUUGCACCUGGCUGGAGCUGAGGUGCAGGAUAUUUUCUUCGCGCUGGACGGCACCGAGGAUGAAGCCGACUACGGUGGAGCGGUAACCAAGUUAAAUGAAUAUUUCACACUUCAGAAAAACAUUCCCUACGAGAGACAUAUGUUCAGACGUGCUGAACAAGCACAAGGCGAAUCUACGGACAGUUUUGUGAGCAGAUUGAAGGAGCUAGCAGUUGCAUGUGAAUUCGGGGACAACGAGGGUGAUUGCAUACGUGAUCACGUGAUUGACAAGUGCACUUCAGACGCCUUGCGCCGACGGCUGUUAGGUGAGAAGGACUUAAAACUCACAGAUCUUCAAGAAAUUGCAAGAGCAAUGGAGACAGCAGAUCAUCAAUCUGCAAAUAUUGAAAAAUCCACAGACAACGCAGUGGAGAAGAGCAUGGAAGAGGAGAGUGAUAGCAAUAUGUGCAUCGACACUGACUCGGACUCGGCAGAGAAGAUGGAUGGCACCAGGUGUAAAGCUGUAUGGACACUGGAAGAGGAUGAAAAUCUCAAAAUACUGGUCAGCAACUUAGGGAAAGAAGAUUGGAAAACCAUUGGCUGUUUUUUUCCUGGGCGGACAGGAAUUGAGUGCAUGAACCGCUGGAAAAAACACCUGGAUCCCGAGUUAUUGAAUGGCAGUUGGACCAAAGAGGAAGAUGGAAAGAUAAAAGAGCUGGUGGGCAAGUACGGCACCAAACAAUGGGCUCUCAUUUCCAAGCACUUGAAAGGGCGGCUGGGGAGAAAAUGUCGUGAGCGCUGGUACAACCACCUUGACCCACAGGUCAGUAAGAAAUACUGGACAGAUGAAGAAGACCUCCUUGUCUUCAAAGCCCAUUCCAUUCUGGGUAACCGCUGGGCUGAGAUUGCCAGGCUGCUUCCUGGAAGGACCGACUACUCUGUAAAGAAUCGCUGGAACUGCUCCCUCAAACAAAAAGCAGAAAUGGGCUUGUUCAGAAGUGAGGCUGACAGCAUUUCCCUGGAUAUUCAGCAGUUUGACAAAGGAGAGGCGAACUUCAAAUGUGAUGUUGUAUUAGACACGGAACCAGUAACUCCUGGAGUGGUCAGGCUAGACAAAGAGAAGAAACAGGAGUGUCAGAAAUCCAAGCAGAAGAUGAAUGUUCCACCUCCACAGACUUCAGCAUCAGUGAGGGAGUUCUCUCCGAGUCCCUCCUUGCCUCGCAGUUCAAUUUCCAGUCCCAGUCCCAGUUCCAGUUCAGGCACUCUGCCAGCAGCAGUGGACCAGAAAAAAUUAGUGAAUGCAGCACUUAGGAUGAUUGCUGAGGACAUGCUGCCACUCAGUUUUGUUGAAGGUGUGGGCUUCAGAUCUUUCAUGAGUACUAUUAGCCCUGAAUACAACAAGCUCUCCCAGUGUUCCAUUGGCCUGCAGCUUUAUGAUGAAGUGGAGAGAACAAUCAAGCCCCAGCUCAUCCGUGACCUUAAAGCCAGAACCGAAUUUAAUGAGAAUGCUGUUCAUGUCACCGUGGACCUCUGGGCUGGGGAUGAAUCCCAACUCGAAGAAGAGGCCAUCGUCAUCGUACAGCUCCAUUUUGUCAGUGAAUCCUGGCAGAUCCGCCGUCCCAUUGUUGCUUUCAGACACCUAAGCCGCAAAAACCUCUGCACAGCUGUUGCCAGUGAGCUUGAGGGUGUGCUACUGAGCUAUGGCAUAUUUCCUCACAGCAUCGGCUACAUCCUCACCAAUCAGGCCAAGGAAACUCUCACCGAAAACAAGUUGUUCUGUGACUAUAAGAUCAUGUGCUCCUCCAACAGGGGAGAACCAGAUGGAGAUGAUAUAGUAGCAUUUUUGUCUGACCAGAUGUCAGAAAUGGAGUCCCCCUUUUCAAAGCUGCAGUUUGGGACCAUGACCACAUGUAUAGCCAAAACACUACAGCUAGUGAUCAAGGAGGCACUGAAGAAUUCCAGGGUAGUAGAGAACCUGCUCUCACAGGUCCACAAUGUCAUAGCUUUCUUUAGGAGCAACGCCUACUGGAGUGAGGUUUUGCUGUCGGAGUUCAACGUGUCUCUGUGCCCUUCCAGUCACUGUCGCUGGAACUCCAUGAUGCUGUCUUUACGACGUAUGGUGGAGGAGUCUGCCUGGAGUUCCAUCGUGACACUCCUUGCUCAGGCUCGCAUAGAGGCCAGUGACACAGCCAGUGCCCCACCACUGGUCAUUGUCAAGAGGGAACAAGUGAUUGACAUCCUCGGUCUCCUUGAGCCGUUUGAGGAGGCCUUGCAGGUUUUGCAAGGAAAUGGUGUGACUAUUUCGUUCAUCAUACCUUCUCUUGUUGGCCUUGACAAGACCCUGGAGGGCUGUGUCACUAAUUACACCCACUUUAACAAGGCUCUACGCACAGGCCUCCAUACACACUUCCAGACCCUAAUUCAACAGAAGGACAUGAUACUAGCUGCUCUGCUGGAACCCAGGAUCAAAUUGCAGCCUUUUUCUGAUGCCAAACUGGAGGACAAUACUGGUUUCCUAACUCCUCCAUCAAAAUAUGAAGCUCGCACCAUCAUGGAAGCCACAUUAGAGAACGCUACUGCCUCGGUGUCUUUAUCUGUGGAAGCAGCCAAAACCCAGAUUGACAAGGAGUUACUAAAGGAGCUAGGUGCCAAAGAGGAGAACCAAGCCAACACACUAAUGGAGGCAUCUGGUGCCAGUUCAGAUGAAAGUGACUGUGAUAGAAUCAGUGGAAAUGACCUCAAACGCAAGUCCAUCUUUAACUUCCUCCAGCCACCUGCAAAAACCAUGAAGAAGUCAGAGUUUGAUGUGUACAUGUCUGAACCACUGUUGGAGAGCAUGUCCAGUUUACUCUACUGGAAAUCUGCUACUCGGUUUCCCCUGCUACAGAGCAUCGCCAAAAGGCUGCUGGCAGCACCAGCUACUGCGGGAGGCUUCGAGAGACUCUGUCCAAUGGCUGCAUGUAUUGUAAGAGCCGAGAGAAACCGCCUACCACCUCACACCACUGAGAGGCUGCUUUUGUACAAAAACUCCUUGAAGACAAAGACCGUUAAAAAGCCCAAUGGAGUCACUAAACAUUGAUGGAUUAAGUCACAGUUUUGUCUCUCCUUUUGAUGACAGCUUUUGCUGCUGUUUUCACAGGCAGAAUAACAUGGAUAGUGAUUGAUGUGUAGGAUCUCAAAUUUUGAGUCCAACAGAAAAUCUUCAAUCAUCCUUAUUGUUUUGAUCUGCAGUGAUGCAGAGCAGAUCAGCUGGUUUCUCUUGAUGCACAAAUUGGGAUAGUAGUUUUCCUUUUUGGCUGACAGUGAGGUGUGAUUGUGCACAUGUUAAGUUGUUAUUUUUCAUCAUUGCAAUUUAUGUUAAGUGUGCUGUACAGCAAGUACAGAUGGACUGUGGUGGUUCAUACAGUAAAGUAAAUUAGACUACUUUCUGUGUAAAAGUUUUUUGUAUUGGUCUGUUACAGUGUGUUCCUCUGUCAUUUUUAUCAGAGGUUUAUUAAUGAACGUGUUUCUCUCAUGAGCCCUGAUGCUGCUUUUCAUAUGUGUCACUCUGAUGGUGAAGGUCAUUAAGGUUAAAAUUGGCUAACUGUUUUUUACCCAGAUUGAGUGAGUAAUACAUGUUAUCUCGCCACUUCUUUGUCCAUAUGGAAAUAACCAGAUAAUGUUCUUGUGUUAAAUUUAGAUUUUCCAUCAGUGCCUUGUAUCAGUGGUCCAAUAUUUGAUUUGAUCUUUUCAUGUAUGAGUCAAUUUCUGAGUCCAUCAGUAGGCGUAGUGACUCUGUAAAGGGUGGAAAGAAAUGCAGUAUAUUUGGGUUGAAUUCAUCCUGUGCAUGUGAAGAUUCAAAUAUAAAUAUUACACUGAAAUGCACAGUAUUGUUAA